AUGAGACGACUUUUUCUUGAACUAUAUCAUAAACAGAUCUUCCCCUCCACACCAAUCACGAGUUUUUCUCCAUUCCUCUCGUAUAUCGUCGUAACGCCCUUAAUACUAGGUUUUGAAAAAGACUUUUCAUGUCAUUUCCAUUUAGGUCCGAUUCGGAUCCCUCCGUUGUUUUCUUUUCCUCCCGCACCUUUUCCUCGAAAUGAGAAAGAAGAUGGUACACUCGAAUUGUAUUAUUUAAGUGCUUAUUGCUUGCCAAAGAUCCUACUUCUACAAUUGGUAGGUCACCGGGUUAUUCAAAUAAGUUGUGUUUUCUGUGGUUUUCCCAUGUUACAACUUCCGUACCAAUUCGGUCGAUCCGGAAUGGAUCGGUUAAACAUUCCACUAGGGAGCCUGGUCUUGACUCUUCUGUGUGGUAUUCAUUCUCGUUCGGCUCUUGGAAUCACAUCCAGCAGUGGUUGGAACAGCUCGCAAAAUCCAACCACUUCACCUACUUUAUUGCCCCUAACCGUUUCUCGUACCUCUAUUGAAACAGAAUGGUUUCAUGUUCUUUUAUCGAUUGGUUAUUCCUCUCCGUUCGUAUCUCUUUUUCCAAUUUCGGUCUCGAUUAGUUUACAAGAUUGA